CUGAUUUCUGAGUGGAAAACAUGGAAUCGUACGGUGUAUUCAACUGUACCGCUAGAAUAAAGCAGGAGUCUGCUGACGAGUCAUUUAUAGAAAAUGAUGAACAUGGAGUAAUUUGCCAGAUAUCUGGUAUGGAAAAUUUUCAGUCUUCGAGAUUUGAGCAGGAGAAUUCGAUCCGUAGGAUUCAAGAACGUGAACAAAAUCGUAAAAUUCAUCAUGACGAUGUGGAAAUUGAGUUCGAGUGUAGAGACCAGAAGCCAGUGUUGAAUUCCUUGGUGAAAAUUGAAGAUGAUUCUCAAAAUUAUUCGCAGGAUGUAAAAUACAGUAGAGAUUGGGCAACUACAAACGGUAUUAAACGAGAAAUUGUGGACAAAGUGAAAAAAGAAUUUUUUGAAGAUGAUGCAAAAAACUUGGCUACAAAUGUUGAUUGCGAAUUAACAAAGCCGAAGGAGUUGAAAACGAACAAUGAUAUGGUGCUUAAAGUUGUUACUUUUCCGUGUCAUACUUGCAAAAAGACAUUUAGAAAUAAAAAAAAUCUCAAAGCUCAUAUCGAAUCAGCGCAUGAAGGUAUUAGACAUCCAUGCGACACAUGCGGAAAGAAUUUCUCGACAAAGAGUAGUCUUAAAAUUCAUAUCGAUUCUGUUCAUAAUAAAAUCGCACAUAAAUGCGAUAAGUGCAGAAAAUCAUUCAGUACAAAAAGUAAUCUCAUACAACAUAUUAAAGGGGUACAUAAUGGUAUCACUCACGGAUGUGAUACAUGUGGAAAGAAGUUCUUAACAAAAUAUAAAAUAAAAGUCCAUGUCAAAUCAGCGCAUGAAGGUAUCAAACAUGCAUGUGACGUAUGCAGGAAGAAAUUCACACGAAAGACUAAUCUCAAAAGACACAUAGAUUCGGCGCAUAAUAAAAUCUCUCAUAAAUGUGAUACAUGCAGAAAGAAAUUCACACAAAAUAGUCAUCUGAAAGUCCACAUCGAUCAGGUGCAUAAUAAAAUCACCCACAAAUGCGAUGUAUGCGAAAAGAAAUUCGCAAGCAAAUAUAAUCUCAAAGUCCACGUCGAUAGGGUUCAUAAUAAAAUCGCCCAUGGAUGAGAUAUGCGCGGAAAGAAAUACUCAAAGAAAAGUCAUCGCAAACACCACAUUGUUUCGAUACAUGAUGAUGUUGAAAAUGGAUGUGAUUUUUUCAUUUGGAAAAGCAAGUUUCAAAUCAAUAUGGAUUCAGAACCAAACAACUUUGACUGUUAGGUAGUUUAUUAAAAUAUCAAACCGAUUUCAUGAAAAAAUUGCACAUUUCAACAAAUGUAUCGAUACAGUGUUGCUGGAACUGACGACAGUUUUUUGGAUUUUUUUAUGACUUUAGAAAAAAACCUUAGAUUAAAGACAGACUUAAACGUCAAACGAACACAGCUUGUAAUUGUAAGCUUCAUUAAUUUUAUAUGUAUAUUGAACCAUGUACGAAAUUUUCAAUUGUCGAUCUUCGUAAUAGAUUGUUUGUAUUCUUCUAUUUUCAAAGAACUGAUUUUCAUUUAUAUUUGCUUUAAUUUUUUACCAAUAAAUCAUGAUUUAUCAAGUAUGCUCCUAAAAUAUAAAAAAAAAAAUGUAUGGUAAAUAAAACGAACUGCAUUGCAUGUACAUU